AACGGAUUCAGUGAAGAACCCAUGACCACAAAAUUUCAGUCUCAGAGUAGAGUCUGGGAAAAUAGGAACAUUUUGAUCAUCAAUUCUCCAGACAUCUCAUCUCCAGAUAGUUUUAAGGGGCGGUUUCAGAGAACCACAGGUGGGGGCCCCCAUGUCAUCCUGAUGGUGAUUCCCAUCGGCUCAUUUUCCAAGAAAGAUGAAGAUCUGCUGGAAACCCUUCGAAAAACUUUUGGAACCAAAGUCUUUGAGCACAUGUUCAUUCUCCUCACCAGGGAAGAAGAUAGACAUCAGAGUACAGAAAUGUUAAAAGAUAGAGAUGAUUCUCUCAAUAGUCUCAAGAAGUGUAAAAAUAAAAAAUUCUCCAACUACAAAGCAGUGGGGGAGGAGGAACAGCAGCAGGUGGAUCAGCUCCUGCAAGAACUCGUGAUUCUGACGCAGCAGAAUGCGAAUAAGCCAUGUGCCAUGGUAAAGGAAGAUACCCUGAGCAUUGUCCUUGUGGGGAGAGGCGGGACUGGGAAGAGCGCAACUGGAAACACCAUCCUCAGGAGGACGGCGUUCCCCUCACAUCUCAGUGCUCAGUCGGUUACCAAGACCUGCCAGAGCGGCAAGGAGAAGUGGGGGAAACAGGAAGUGGUGGUUGUGGACACGCCCUCUCUCCUCCUGGUACCCAACGACUCUGAGGGCCCAUCCCAGCUAGUAGAGGAGGUCCAACGCUGUUCGUAUUACUGUGAAGGGAACAAGAUUCUCUUUGUCCUGGUGUUCCAGUUGGGAAGGUUCACUCAAGUGGAUCAAAGUGUUUUGGUGCAGUUAGAGAAAAUCUUUGGAGAGAAAGUUAAGGAAUACACAAUUGUGCUGUUCACCCGGAAGGAAGAUCUAGGGGGUGAUAGCAUCGAAGAUUACAUUGAGAGUGUAGAUUGCAAUGCUCUUAGGAACACUGUUGAAGAGUGUGGAAGGCGAUUUUGGGCCUUUAAUAACAGGGAGUCAGGUGAAUCUGGGGAAACCCAGGUGACAGCUCUGCUGACAAUGGCCAAUGAACUGAUAAAGAGCCAUAACGGGUUGGGAUAUUCUUUUACUUUGGAUGAGAUCAUCCAGAGAAUUAAAGACAUGAGAAGUGUUCAGGAAAAGUCCAAAAACAAAUCUCAGAAACAAGAUUCAAGAAAUAGGCCCAAAAAGACGGUCCCAAAUAUAUUUGGUGAACGUUCUUACAAGUAAGCUCCUAAGCUCAAGAACUGGAAAUUUCAAUCCACUGAGCAUGGCCAGGAGUGAUCCCAGAGCAUAGCCACGUGGGACUCCCUGACCAUCCCACCCCCAAUCAGUUACCAGGGGCUGGAGAGAUCACCCAAUGGGUUGGGCACAUGUUUGUGGGUAGCAGGCAAGUUUCAAUACCUGCCACCACGUGGUUUCUGGAGCAUCCUGGAGUAGCUCCUGAGCAUCAUGUUUUUAGCCACCCAAAAUAAAGUAACAAACAAACAAACAAAACGUGAAGUUCCCAAAGGUGUCUAUCAUAGCCAGGGCCUCUUUAAUUUAGAGACCCUCAGGCUGGGGGCAGGCAUGGUAGAAUGUAGCGAAAGGAAGAAGGUCUAUGACUUGGAGAGUUUGAGAGGCAGACACCCACUCCUCAUCACCCUUCUGUUUGUUGGAGGGCUAUAAAUGAGCAGGCAGGGGCAGAUAGUAGGGGGUCAGAAAGGAAGGAAGAAAUAAGGUUGAAAAACCAGGAAAAAUGUUUCGGAAACCAAGCUAUAUAGACCUAUGUUUAUAUAACUGGAAAAUCAGUCUUCUGUUUUUGACAUUUAGGUUAUACUCGUGUUGUUCGGGACUUACUCCUGGCUCUGUGCCUAGGGAUCACUCUUGACGGUGCUCAGGUGACCAUAGUGGUUUUGGGAAUCAAACCCCAGGCAAGUGCCUGCAUGUAAGGCAAUUGCCUUACCCCCUGGACCAUCUCUCCAGCCUUAAAUUUUAUUUUAUUUUAUUUUAUUGCUUUUUUGGGUCACACCGGGCAAUGCACAGGGGUUACUCCUGGCUCUGCACUCAGGAAUCACCCCUGGCGGUGCUCAGGGGACCAUAUGGGAUGCUGGGAUUUGAACCUGGGUCGGCCGCGUGCAAGGCAAACGCCCUACCCGCUGUGCUAUCUCUCCAGCCCCCUUAAAUUUUAAUUUUUCUUGCAGUUCAGGUAACAGUGAUAAUAGUGUUAGUUUUUACAGUUUUGAUGUACAAAAGACCUCACCAAUAUCAAAGUGCCUAAGACCCUUCACCACUGUCCUUAUGAUAUUUCUAGUCUCUUUCUCUCUCUUUCCCUGCUCACUCCACUGCUGGGUAAUCUGUUUCAUACCAGAGUUCAAGGGUUUGUCAUCAGAGGCACAAGUCACAACAGUUAUGUGGGCAGGUUGGAAUCAGUAGACACCAUGACCCAGUAGAGGUUGGCAAAGGGUCAAAGGACAAGAUAUUUACACAUAACCAGGGGAAGCCAUUUAUAAAUGCUUGAAAGUAGCCCACACCCAGCUAGGAGCUGAGAGUGACAUCUGGAAGAAGCCUGACUCCCGUGGCCGUCCUACUACCCAGGGCUAGUGGCCACUGGCCUCGGGCAGGUGCAUGGCCAUGUUGCUCUUAUGGCUGCUCCUCAGCCAGUGCUCUUCUCAUUUCAAGACUAGGGAAGAGUGGAGUCCACCUGCCUUUUUUGGGUUAAGGACAAAGGAGUCUGUGAGUAUUUGAAAGAUUUUGUUGCUCAUCACCACCAUGAAUAGACUAGGGAAAAAAUCAGAAUAUGGUAAAAUUGCCCAGAUUAAAUACAUAUGCAAAAAAUUCUAAGUGCAUGUCUAGGUCUUCUGGAAAAAAAAUGAAAUUUCUCCUCUACACUGUCUCUUUCAUUUUUAAAAAAUUCCUAAGAACCAGAAAUUAGGUCACGACUUAGAGAACUCAAGUAAUGACGUGUGGCCUCCUCAGGAGCUCAUUUUCUCAUGUAAGGGAGCCCAGGACGAGGUGGUCAAGGGCGGGUUGGCCCUGGGCUCCCAGCUCUGUCCUGUCUUCGUGCUGAAGGAGACUGCGUGGAGGGCUCCUCCAGGUGGGGUGUGGAAGAGGGAAUCUUGGAAUCUUCUCCCUUCCCAGGAGGAAUGUCGGGUGUUUUCUGUGUGAACACUUUACACAUGGCUUGAGGACAGGAUCUGUGUCAUCUGCUUCUUUCUGGGAGAAUCUAUCAAAUUCCCUUCAAGAUUAAACCAGUUGUAAGAACAUGUAGUUCCACCAUUAAUACUUUUGUUCCUACAUAACUCUUCAUAUGAUGACUUCAGGGAUGUAUGUACAAAUUCAGCUGAGUGAAGAAAUAAAGAGAUAUGAAGCUCAGAGUUCA